AUGUGCGUGCAGGUGGAUAAGCAGUGGUCUUGUGGCCACGUCGGGUACUUUCAGAUCCGGUGGUGUGAGAAGCUGUUCAACGGAUGCAAAGGGACGUCGGCUGCGCACGACAUUAUUUACGAGCCGCAGGAGUGCAGCGACUGCCUUCGUCGGAAGACGCUGCCGAAGCCGUUUGUUUCCAAGUAA